AAUGAGUAAACAUUAAAUAUUAUUGAGUCUACCUCUCCUUUUCCAAUAAGUCUCCUUCUCCAUGGAUUAUUCCAAGGGACUCAUUGCUUUUACUGCCAUUAUCGUAGGGGUUAUCACUUACUCGGCCUACAAAAUGCUCGGUUUCGGCGGAAACCAAUUCCCCGUCAAUGGGAAGACAAUCCUAAUAACAGGUGCGUCAGAGGGCCUGGGUAGAUCGAUUGCGAUUCAACUUGCACAGAAAGGCGCCAAUGUUGUCAUUGCCUCGAGAUCAGCUCACAAACUUCAAGCGGCGAUUGCAGAUAUCCAGGCCGCUGCAGCGAACUCAUCAACGCAACGCUUCCACUUUAUAAGCGCAGACUUGACAGACCCCGAUGCCGCGGAUCGCCUGUUGAAUGAGACUACGGCGUGGAAUAAUGGGGUAGCCCCCGAUGUUGUUUGGUGCUGUGCCGGAUACUGUCAUCCAGGUCUUUUCAUCGACGUUCCCAUCAAGACAUUGCGCGAUCAAAUGGACACUGUUUAUUGGACAAGCGCAUACACUGCGCACGCCACGUUGAGGAGAUGGUUGGUACCAGUAUCACAAAGCGCAACCUCAAAGGAACAACAGCCACCGCCCCGGCAUCUCAUUUUCACAGCAUCCACUCUCGCCUUCGUUGCUGUCUCUGGAUACGGCCCCUACGCACCACCAAAAGCCGCCAUGCGCAAUUUAUCCGAUGUCCUCGUCCAAGAAAUCGAAAUGUACAACGGCGCUCGUCGCAAGAAAGACGCUAAUGCCCCUGCAACUGACGUCAAGAUUCACAUCGUCUUCCCCAUGGGAAUGACCAGUCCCGGUUUCGAGAAUGAGCAAAAACUUAAACCAGAGGUUACUCAUAUCAUGGAAGAAGCCGAUAAGCCUCAACUCCCCGAAGAAGUUGCUACUAUUGCCAUUAAGGGACUGGAGAGGGGUGAUUUCCAGAUUAUCACGAACACUGUCGGUCAGAUUAUGCGGACGAGUGCGCUUGGUCCCAGUCCAAGGAAUAAUAUCUUCCUUGAUACGGCGGCUAGUUGGUUGAGUAAUCUUGUAUUCUUGUUCGUUAUCCCGGACUUGGCUAAGAAGGCUUUUAAUUAUGGCAAAGAGAAGGGAAUUCCGUCUGCGAAGGCCUAAUUAUUUUUAUUACUUCAGCACCUGUAUUUUACAGCUACGACUUCCUUCUCUAGCCUCAAUAUAUAUAUUCUUAAUGCC